AACUAACGUUUACGACACGGGCUACGCAUGCGCUGAAUAUAAUUGUCUAAUACGUCCUUUACGUCUUUACAGUCCGUGGGCAACCGGGAGCAAAAAAGAGAAUGCUGGCAACCAGAGCCCUUAGUGUCAUUGGCAAAAGAGCCAUCUCCACCUCAGUCUGCUUACGUGGUGGACAUGGCGUUGCCAAGGUGGAGCCUUACACUCUCCCAGCUUAUUUCGACCGCCGGGAGAACCCACUUCCGGACAUCCAGUUUGUCCAGGACCUAAAUUCUGAGCAGAUGUCCCUGAAAGAGAAGGAGAAGGGCUCCUGGGCAACAUUGUCCAAUGAAGAGAAAAUUGCAUUGUACCGCAUCAGCUUCAAUCAGAGCUUUGCUGAGAUGAACAAGGGAACAGGGGAAUGGAAAUCUGUUGUUGCUGGGAUGUUGUUCUUCAUGGGCUUCACUGGAUUUGUUGUGCUGUGGCAGAGGAAGUUUGUGUAUGGUGAUGUGCCACCCACCUUCGCCACUGAAUGGAAAGAGAAGGAAGUGCAAAGGAUGCUGGAUAUGAGGAUCAACCCUGUCGAGGGCUUUUCUGCCAAAUGGGACUACGAAAAUCAGCAGUGGAAGAAGUAAACCAAUCAACUGGACCAAGUCACUCACACAAGUUACUUACAAACAAAUCUGUAUAUUUAUCAACUGUCCACAUUACCUCAGUGAAUGCUCAGUUUUGGAAGACCACUUCCUCCUAAGGUUAUUGUACAUUGUAAAAAAUAAAAUUCCAGUGUUUACUCCA